AUGGCAAUUCCCUCUCGUCCUUCCGUCACCCUUGCCCAAGGCCGGGUGAUCGGCAUUCAGCUCAAGGAGACCUUCCCACGCACCGUCGACGCCUUCUUAGGAAUCCCAUAUGCUCUUCCUCCUGUUGGAGAGAGACGAUUCAGACCUGCUGAGAAGGUUUCGGCCUCGACAGAGACAAUUGAUGCCCCAAAAUAUGGUCCUAUGGCGCCGGGCAAGGCAUUGCUUACAGGCGGACCUAAACUUGAGCAAAGCGAAGACUGUUUAACCACAAACAUCUUUCGGCCUGCUGGUACUACUGAAAUGGACAAGCUUCCAGUGGCUCUCUAUAUUCAUGGUGGUGCGUUCAACCGAGGAGCGGCAGCAAUGCACAAUACCGGGUCCAUGGUGGCUUGGUCUGAGGCGCCCUUUAUCGGAGUGAGCUUCGGGUAUCGCGUUGGAGCCCUGGGAUUUUUGCCAUCAAGCCUUUCCAAGAAAGAAGGCGUUCUUAAUCUUGGACUGCGCGAUCAGAUUCAUUUAUUCGAAUGGGUACAAGAAAACAUCGAUAAAUUUGGAGGAGAUACCGGCAAUGUCACCCUUUUUGGUUUGUCGGCAGGAGCGCAUUCGAUUGGUCACCACCUUCUCAAUUUCAAAGAAGGAACCCCACCAUUGUUCCAUCGCGUCAUUCUGGAGUCAGGAUCGCCCACCUCCCGAGCUGUUCGACCCUACAAUGCCCAAGUCCACGAGGAGCAGUUUCAAGUCUUCCUUCGAGAGGCUGGCUGUCCAAAAGAUCUACCCGAGUCUGAAAUCUUCGAGUUUCUGCGCUCGCUUCCUAGUUCAACAGUCACAAAAGCACAAACAACGGUAUUUAACAAAUACAACGCAUCUCUUCGAUGGGCUUUCCAGCCAGUAAUUGACGAAGAUGUGAUCUACCGCAAACCUUUGGAUGCAUGGAACUCUGAGCUCUGGAACAAAGUGCCAAUCAUGACGGGCUUCAAUAGCAACGAAGGAACAUUUUACGUGGACAAGAAAAUGUCGAAGCCUUCCCAAUUCCGCAAAUUCUGGCAAAACCUUCUUCCAGAGCUGUCAUCUGCCGACCUGGAUACCAUUGAUCGACUAUAUCCCGAUCCUAGUACUGAUCCCAAUUCACCAUAUGUCGAAAGAAGGGACGGAAAAGGUCUGGGCUCUCAAUACAAGCGUAUCGAGGCUGCGUAUGGACACUAUGCCUACGUUGCACCAGUCCGCCAAACUGUCCAAUUUGCCGCGUGUCAAGGCACGCCGGCAUAUCUUUACCACUGGGCGCUGCCAAGGACUGUCGUUGGUCGGGCAAAUCAUGGAGACAACAUGUACUAUGAGACAUACAAUGCCGACAUUACGGGGCUUUCAGAGUCACAGAAAGAGCUUUCGGGGACACUGCAUGCCUAUAUUACAAGCUUUAUUGCUAAAGGUGAUCCCAAUGCUAUUUCUGGUCUUUAUAGUCAGAGGCCCAAGUGGGAGCCUUUUGUACCGGAAGACCCCCGAGUAAUGAUCUUUGGACAAGACAACGAGGAAUUGAUUGGAGGCAGUGCUGCCCCGGCUGCUAAGUUUGUGAAGGAUGACUGGGCUAGGGGGGAGACUGAGUUCUGGUGGUCCAAGGUUCCCAUAUCCCAGCUUGCUUGA